CAGUCCAAGUAUCAAUGUUCCAUGCAUUUGUCUCGACUCUCUUUCGCUCUCGGUCGGUCGGUAUCAAGAGGAUAUGAACAAAAUUUAUAAUGCACACAUACCGUCACAGUGCACACACUAAUUCAAUUCACUGACAUUUCAUAAACACAAUUGACAUUUUCGCGCAAUUUUUUUUUAUUGUGCACACACAACACCUUAAGUGUAUGGAGCGUGAGAGAGAAUGGCAUCCAAAAUAACAAGCAUAAAUGGUGUAAAAAAUUCAACGCAUAGAACGCAUUCGAUUUGUAAUUCCGAUUAGAUACGAUAAUUUCGUAACGAACUGUUUUUUUUUUCACUUCUACUCGCAUUUGAUUUGUGUUAGUCUAGUCAAGCAAAAGCAACAACAAUAAAAGCACAGCAAAAAAAAAGGAAUAAAACCAAAUCGAACCAAAUUUGGUUCAUCGUUGUAUAGUUUUUGCGCUAUGAUCCGAUAGACAAGUAAAGUAAAGUGUUUGAAGAGAAAAGAAAAUUCAUAUUAGAAACGCGAUUUUUUUUCUUAAAAUAUAUAAAAAAAAAUUGUGAUAGAAAAUUGAAUCAAACAGAAGAAAAAAAAAUCCCGAUCGAAAAAUCGAAAUGAAAAAGAACGAAAAAGAGAACGGGUUAAAUUGUUGAAUGGAAAGAAAAAGUUAUUUUUCAAUUUACACGGAGCUCUAUUAAAUCUAAUCAAAUUGAAUUUUUUUGCAAGUGUUUUAGUGUGAGAUAGAUAUACAGAAAAAUUUCGUUUGGUUUAGUGUAAAGAGUGUUGUCUUCAGUGUUUGCGUUAUCGGUCGUACGGUGUGUAUGCGGUCAACAAGUAUUCAAAGUUGUAGGCAAACAAAGAGCGAAGCUGUCAGGCCAUCCCACGGUGUUUUGUGUAACAGAAGAAUAAGACACAUCGUAGCCCAUCCAUAGUACAAUUUGCAAUGGACAAAACAGCGUCAUCCAAUUUAACAACUGCUCCGAAAACAAACGCUUCCCGAUCACUGGCACCAUCGCCCGAUGCCGAUUUGGAUGAUGGCAGCUCGAGACGACAAGCAACAAGAGUUUUCAAGAAAAGCUCAUCGAAUGGUAAAAUUACCGUUUACUUGGGAAAACGAGAUUUUGUAGAUCACAUAUCCCAUGUCGAUCCCAUCGAUGGAGUUGUUCUAAUUGAUCCGGAUUAUGUGAAGGAACGCAAAGUAUUUGGAAAUGUACUUGCUGCCUUCCGUUAUGGUCGGGAAGACUUGGACGUGCUUGGGCUAACGUUUCGAAAAGAUUUGUAUUUAGCACAAGAGCAGAUUUAUCCGCAAUUGAAUAAAGACCGACCAUUGACGCGACUGCAAGAGCGUUUGAUUAAAAAAUUGGGCAAUUAUGCAUUUCCAUUUUAUUUUGAAGUACCGCCACACUGUCCGGCCAGUGUGUCAUUACAACCAGCGCCAGGCGACACAGGCAAACCGUGUGGCGUGGACUAUGAAUUAAAAGCAUUCGUCGGUGAUCAUAUCGAAGAUAAGCCGCAUAAGCGAAAUUCCGUGCGAUUGGCUAUUCGAAAAAUAAUGUAUGCACCAUCAAAACUUGGUGAACAGCCUUCAAUUGAAGUUAGUAAAGAAUUUAUGAUGAAACCAAAUAAAAUUCACCUAGAAGCUAGUCUUGACAAGGAGUUAUACCAUCACGGUGAAACGAUUUCGGUAAACGUUCAUGUAGCAAAUAAUUCGAAUCGAACUGUGAAAAAAAUUAAGGUUUCAGUGCGUCAAUUUGCUGAUAUUUGCCUGUUUUCAACCGCACAAUACAAAUGCACCGUUGCCGAAGUAGAAAACGAGGAGGGAAGCACCAUUCAACCAGGUUUCACGUUAUCCAAAGUAUUCGAGCUGACGCCAUUGUUGGCAAACAAUAAAGAUAAAUGGGGAUUAGCAUUGGAUGGUCAACUGAAGCACGAAGACACUAAUUUAGCCUCGAGCACACUAAUUUCCGACCCAUCGCAAAGAGAAAAUCUGGGCAUUAUUGUUCAGUAUAAAGUCAAAGUUAAGCUCUGUAUUGGUGGUCCAAUUUUAGGAGGAGACCUUGUUGCCGAGUUGCCAUUUAUUUUAAUGCAUCCAAAGCCUGAAGAAGAAGAACCAAAUCCAAUACUAGCUGAUCGUUCAAGCAAACAUUCGACCGGUCAACGAAGUGAUGAUGCUAAUGAAAAUGCAACCAAUCAAGUUAACACUGGAAAUCUCAUCCAAUUUGGUGAUGACGAUUACAAGGACGAUGAUAUCAUAUUUGAGGAUUUCGCCCGAUUGCGACUCAAAGGUGGUGAAACGGAGGCCUAAACUGACACACAUUCAUUUUUAAUUUUUAAAUGUAUAUUUUGCUGUAUAUGAGAUUUAAAACCAACAAAAAAUGUCUAUCAAUAUGUCAAAAAAAAAAAUAAUCGAAAACUUCGAGAUUCGAACCUAAACGUAAAAUACAAACCAACAAAAAUCGAACAAAGUUCAUGAGAAAAUGUGCAAAAAAAAAACAGAAUUUUAAACUUACAUUAAAAAAACUUGAAUGUAAAUAUCAAUGAAACCAAAUGAGAAAUUCACAAGGAAACCAAUUAUUUGAACGUUAAACUCAAUGCCAUUAAAUAAAACAAAACCAAAACAUAUGGAAAAUUCAAUGUUAUACUGACACGUUGUUGUACAUGAUAGUGAUGAUAGCAAUCGAACUAACAAAAAUUGACAUUGUUGAUGUUAUUUUUAUUAUUUUAUUGCGCACAACAAUUCUAAUUUAAAAAUAAAAACUAUCAAAUUAUUA